AUGUCGUGGACUCCUACCGUCCUCCCUCGGCGCAGAGCCAGGGGUCAUCACACCGAUCAGGCAUGGAAGGAGGCGGAGGACCAAAGUGGGGAUAACAAAUCAUGGUGUUCCUCAAGGGUGAAUCUACAUUCUCGGUCCCUCCACACCACGCCUCUUCACACCACACCCCUCCACGCCACUCUCCUCCACACCGUUUCCACUGUGCUCUCGUUAUCGUUCGCCGCGUCUUACAUCCGAGACGCAAACAUCGAUGUAGGUCAAAACCAUGACGGUCUCCUCAAGUCGAUUGGUCAACUCGAGUCAGGACUGAUAACAGAGAGACUGUGGAGGUUGAGGAAAGAGCGAUACCUAGUAAGGAUAAAAUUCGACAAGAGUUUCAGGCGCAAAUGUUCAACGACCCCCGUAACCCCCGUAGAUGGUGCUGCCGAUGGUCUAGAAAUCUCCUUAACAGCAUCAUAA